AUGGUCCAGGCCGCGACCCUCGCCCCCGCGGCGGCGCCCAGCCCGUCCCGCCAGAAGGGGCAGCCCGCCAAGCGGGGCGCGCUCCAGCGCGCUGCGCCGCCGGCCCUCGAGGCCCCUGAAGAGGCCGCGGAGGCCCCGGCCGCGGCGCCCGCGGUCGAGGCCCCGGCCGGCGCCGCGGCCGCGGACGGCCUCCCGCCGGACGACGCGUCGGACGGCGAGUCCGCCGAGUCCGACGCGCUCGGCGAGACGCUCUCGCUCCCGCGGGCCCCGACGCCCGUCGUCGACGCGGGCGACCCGGAGGACGAGGACGGGGGCGACUACUUCUACGGGGACGACGACGACGACGACGCGAGCGACGCCGACGCGCCCGGGAGCGACGCGGUGCUCGCGCGCGAGCUCGCCGAGCAGUUCGCCCUGGAGGACCUCCAGGAGCAGCGCCGCGAGCUGCUCGGGGGAUUGGCCAUGACGCUCGUCGCUCGAGCGAACUCGGCGUCGCGCGCGGUGCACUCGCCGCGGCAGUUGGUACGGCACCGCGAGCUCCUCGCGCAAGUGAGCGAGUCGAUGGACCUGCUCCACAGCCUCAUGCCGGCCCUGGAGGCGACGGGCCUCGUGCCGGCGGCCUCGAUGAACGUGCGGCCCGAGACGCACAAGGGCCUGCUGCCCCAGCAGGUCGCGGAGCUGCCGCGCUGCCGCGGCGCCGACCGGCCGACGGUCUCCAAGUGCGCGAAGCACGACGACGACGAGGCCUGCGCCAUCUGCCUCUGCGAGAUCGCCGAGGACGAGGAGGUCAUCGCCCUCCCCUGCCGCCACUCGUACCACGCGCGCUGCGUCGGCGACUGGCUCCAGCGGUCGCCGACGUGCCCGAGCUGCUCGCUCGACGUCGCCAAGGCGCUGGACAUUGAGCUCGCGCCGACGGCCGCCGAGCAGCGCGAGCGGGCGAACCGCCACCGGAUCCUCUACUUCCCGACGCAAGAGGAACUCGAGGACGAGCAGGAGGAGUUUAGGAGAGAGCUGGACGACUCCGAGGACGACGAGGAGGCGCUCAUGAGAGAAGAAGAGGAGCUCCUGCGCGCCGAGGAGGAGGAGCUCGCGCUGCGCGCGGAGGCGCAGGACGACGUCGACGCGAUGCUCCACCGGGCCGAGGACCAGAUGCUCCAGGCCGAGCGCGAGCUCGAGGCCGAGGAGCUCGCCGCGGCGCAGCUCGACUGACGCUCCUUUGAGUCCUGCGUGUAA